UUGCCUACAGGUCAAGGCGAAGCGGAAGGUAUUAUCCCCCGAGCUGUGAAGUUUCUUUUCCAGUCUAGAGAUAAAUUGGCGGAUUUAGAUUGGACGUUCAACUUCAAGGCUUCAUUUAUUGAAGUGUACAACGAAGAAGUUUAUGAUCUUCUCGGUGAACGGAAGAAGUUGGAUAUUAAGAUGGGAUCGGGCAACACCUGUGUGGUCGGCUUGAAAUAUAACGACAUCAAUGACAUAUACGAUAGAACAUUCUCGCCGUUACGGACAGAACAAGGUCGACUGCAGCUACGAAAUGCAACGGAGCAAUCGAGCAGAGGCCACGCCGUGAUCGAACUUGCAAUCCAAGGGCAUAACAAAACUUCAGGAGCUUCUCGAACCGCCUGUCUGCAUCUGGUCGAUCUUGCUGGCUCUGAAAGAGUCAAGGAAUCCGGUGCUGAAGGCGAGCGCUUCAAGGAAAUGGACACAUAUCAACGCAGCACUAAUCAGCACAUACCAUAUCGCAAUUCAAAACUGACUAUGAUUCUUCGCGACAGCCUUGGAGCUGGUAACUCGAAGACGAUGGUCAUCGUAGCUCUGAAUCCCGCUGUAACUCAGAUUGCCGAAACCAAACGAAGUUUGGAGUUUGCUCAACAGAUGAGCAUGACUAAGAUUGGUUCCGCGAAGAAGCAAGAACAGUGA